AUUAUGUGUGUGUAAAAGCAAUGUGAACAUAAAUAAUUGAGGUCGCAAUAUUAAGUGUCAUAGGCGAUUAGGUUUGAUAAACAUAAUCAUGACUUGCCGAGCAGUUAAAUUAGUUUUCCUGGUGGUGUUAAUGGUAAAUCUUAAUGAUUACGGAUUUUCCGCUGCCUUGAGUGAAUUUUCCAAUAUAAUCGAUGUCGAGUUUGAAAUUCCAAAUACCCAUGCUCAAGUUAGAACCAGUGACAAAGAUGAACCCAAAAGAGUUACAGAGACUGAGAAGACUAGUGUUGCAGACACUGACGAUGGUUUAAAGUCGGGACUAGCCAAAUUAGGACUCGAUGCCUCAGAGAUAAAAAAACACAACGCCAAAUCCGGAGAUUUACAAAAUGUUAAAAAACAGCUAGCAAACUCAGUUGACAUAUCGUUCUCUGCGAAACUUGGAACAUCUAUUGCAGAUAUUAGUCCUUGGAAUACAGUUGUAUUUGAUAAGGUGAUUACUAACAAUGGAAACUGUUACAACACCGUUAAUGGUAUUUUUACCGCUCCAAUAGCUGGAACAUACUAUUUCUCAUCUACAAUAUUAACGAAAAAGAACUCGACAGUGCAAAUGUCACUUAGAGUGAACGAAAAGGAUGCAAUGUUCAUAUUUGCAUGCGCUACAAAUCUAACAUUUAGUAGUGCAACAAACAGCAUCAUAGUGAAACUGAACAAAGACGAUAAAGUGAAAAUCAUUAAAUAUGGUCCUUGGGGUUCACACCCCUUUUACAUUCAUCAAGAUUGGAGCACAUUUACAGGUUUCUUGCUAUAGAUAUUAAAGCAUGCACCGAAAAUAUAUGUCUGAAAGAUCUUACUAAAUUAAAAAUAUUCAAUAUAA